AUGAACAACGAAGAGUUCGACGGUGUCGAAGAAAUUCCAAGAGAACUGCUCAUUCUCUAUGCGACAGAGACAGGAAACUCCCAAGACUGUGCAGACUACAUCGCUCGACAGUGUAGACGAAUCGCGUUCAGGUGCCGGGUAGUGAGCAUGGACAAGUAUUCCCUGCCUGACCUGAUAUCCGAACCACUUGUGAUAUUUGUGGUGUCCACGACCGGUUCUGGGGUUGAACCACGAGCGAUGACCGCUCUCUGGAACAUGCUCCUGCGAUCCGAACUACCAGACGACUUAUUCGAGGGCCUACCAUUUACUGUAUUUGGCUUAGGAGAUACGGGGUAUGAAAAAUUCUGCUGGGCAGCCAAGAAGCUCUCCAGGCGGAUGAAAACCCUGGGGGCUACAGAGAUUUGUGAGCGAGGGGAAGGCGAUGAGCAAGAUCCACUUGGAAUAGAUGGUGCCCUCUUCCCUUGGGUAGAAAAGCUGCUGGGUACCCUCUUGCAGCUCGCACCUCUACCCUCUCCAAUUGAACUUUCCGACACAUCCGAAUUGCCGCCACCGCGGGUUGCACUUGAAUCGGCUCAAGAUGUAACUUCUACAGACCCGGUGAGAGAAGAUACAAGAUAUAAUGAUGCUGUGGUGAAAACCAAUACCCGAAUCACCGCCGAAGACUGGUAUCAAGACGUCCGCCACAUUGAGUUUGAGUUCGAGGAUGAUAUCCGCUACAACCCCGGGGAUGUGGCCGUCAUCCACCCAGUAGCCUCACAGUCAGACGUGGCUGCAUUCUUAGAAGUGAUGAACUGGACUGAAUGUGCUGACGAACCUCUGACGGUUGUACACAAAAUGGCGGAUCAAUCACUACCGGAUUUCCUUCCGCAGAGGGUCACGCUGCGAACUCUCUUUACUCGAUACCUAGACUUCAAUGCAGUGCCGCGGCGAUCAUUCUUUCAGUACAUCCGAAACUUCACAACUGAUGAUUUGGAAAGGGAGAAACUAGACGAGUUUCUUACGGGACCAGAAGGGGCGGAAGAACUGUACGAAUACUGCCAGAAGAAACAUCCACACCAAAUGCACGUUUGCGUCGCCAUCGUAAAGUACCGCACAAAACUCAAGAUACCUCGGCGAGGGGUCUGCAGUACCUACCUAGCAAGCCUGCAGCCUGGCGAUAAACUUCGGAUCGGAAUUCUCAAAGGCCUAAUUAAGCUUCCUCCAAAUUACCAAACGCCCGUCAUCUGCGUCGGACCUGGCACAGCCAACACGCUCUAUUUCGGAUGUCGGUCAGAAGAUAAAGAUCAGCAUUAUGGAGAAGAGUGGAGAAGGUUGAGCGAGAGCCAAGAACUUGUGUAUCGAACGGCGUUCUCGAGAGACGGGCCUGAGGGUGUGAAGAGGACGUAUGUGCAGGACAGGAUUCUGGAAGAUGCGGAGCGGAUCUGGAGGCUUGUGGGAGAAGAAGGGGCAUGGGUCUAUAUUUCCGGGUCAUCGAAUAAGAUGCCUAUAGCGGUGAAGGAUGCUAUCGCGCAGGCCGUACAGAACGAUAAUUAA